AUAGACGGCACAGUGCUCCGCGCUCCGCCCAGCCCGUUCGCCGCGUCCCGCCAGUGUAGCGCCCAGCGUCUAGCGCCCUCGACGCGGGUUCCCCAAACCGGAGCGACGCCGCUCUCGCGCGACGCAGACGCGAAGGCUCCAGUCGCCGGCCUUCCCUUCCGCAGCUCCGCGCCGUCCACCGCCUCACCGGCAGCGAGGUUGGCAGCUUGGUGGGAGCCAGCGGCGGUCAUGAGGAGCAGACGACGGAAACGGACUCGAACGGAAUAGCAGUCGCGGAGCGCGGAACGGAACAACGCGUCCGCCCCGCCGCCACCCCGAAGGCCCGAAGAUGACCGCCAACAUGGACAACAACUCGGGGCUCAACAAACUGCGGGCCGCGUCGUGCUCCGUGCUGCUGCUCCUCCUGACGCUGGCGCUGGUGGCCAGCUCGCUGCUGGUGGCGCGCUACGCGGUGGCCGCGUCGUCGUGGUGGCUGUCGCUGCUGGCCAUCACCGUGUGCCUGCUGGGGCUGUGCACGUGGAUCCAGCUGGCCGCGUCCAGGGCCGGGCGCGCCGGCCGCUGGCGCAUCAUGCUGGCCAGGCAGAUGGCGCUGAGCAGGGCGCAGCGCACCGUGGGCGGCGCCUUGGCCCCGGACCUCUACGGCAUCGGCGCGACCAGCGGCCGCAACGCAGCGAGCGGAUCGGGGUCGAGAGGAGCAGGGGCCAGAGGACAUCCCCACGUCGCUAUCAUCCCCCUGGAGAGCGAGCUGGACUCUCAGGUGCCUUACCGCGUCCCGGGGCCGCCGCCGCCGCCGCCCUACGCGCUGUCGGACCUGCCUCCGAGCUACUGCGCGGCCACGCCGAGGGCCCCGGGGGACGACGCCCCCUCCGCCCCCGCGCCGCCGCCGGGCACGGAGCAGCCGCCGCCCUACGCCGUGGCCAUCAAGAGGGACCACUUGGUGCAGGGCGCCACCGUCAACGAGGAGGAGCCCCCGCAGCCCCCGCCACCAGCACAGGCAGCACCGGCAACGCCACCACCAGCACAGGCAGCGCCGCCAACGGCACCUGUCGCGCGAAACAACAACACUGCUGGCGCUGGCGGCAGGAACAGGCGGAUAGUGCUGUGGUACUGAAAGAAGUAAAGUCGGGGAAACGAGCCCGCCGACGAACGAAUUCUAGUCAGUCCGAGAGCUGCUCGUGGAAAAGAGACGUUCGUUUGCACCACCACGUGGCUCCUCUGGACUUGGGGGCGCCGAGGUGCGGAUGAAGGAGCGCCGGGUGGGCAGGCCACCCAUCCGACAGUCACUUUUUAAGCAGCGGGGGACUCUUUUGGUUGGUCGAGUCUUACAUAUCGGACAUGUUUGUGUUCUGUUUUCAUCUUAUGGCUCGCCGAAUGAUAUCUCUAUUCAAAGAUUUUGAGUUAGUCCUGUGCAGGGUUAAGGGAAAAGAAAAUAGCAAGAAACGGUUAUCAGGCAAUAUAGUGUCUUAUAUUUCUGCAAUAAAUAACUCAUUUUUAGCUUACGGACAUAAAAAUACAAACUGUUCUUUGUUUAAAAUUGACACAGCAUCAGCUAUACAAAAUGAUAUAGUAUGCUCUCUAAUAACAAAGUAGAGCACCCCAGAAGUACAGAGAUGUAUCAACAGGAGCAUGAGGCAGAACAAAAUUAAUUCACCACCCACAACAGGAAACAAGCCACAAUUUUAUUGGGACACAUCUCUCUGCUUCUGGAGUGCUCAAGUUAGCAUUGUACAUUAUAUAACAGUACUUUACCAUUUAGUGGUAAAUUAGAUAGCAAAAGAUCUCAAUCAUUCUGUCAAAAAGUGCUUCUGAAUCUAGUCAUUGGACAAUAAUAAAUAAAUUCCAGAACAAACAUCCUAACAAAUUCACAACAAAACCCACUAACAUGAUGGAUAUACAUUCCGCAGAGUGGGAGUCAAUUAAUUUAACAGUCUUCAAAUAGAAAGAUGAUCCAAAAUGCAAAGGCCAACUGUGCAAAUGCAAUUAAUAUUUAUAGCAAUGGAGAUUCAAUUAUCAUGGAAAAAAAUAAUGUACUGGGGGCGAGUGUGACAAGUGAUUAUCUUACAAUAUAUUUAUUUACAAUAAAUAAAAUCAUCUGA